AUGCAAGCUGACGAAGGACGCUUCGUCGGCUAUAGUGCUGAAAGCAAGGGGAUACUGGUGUACUGGCCGACAAAACGGAAGGUCAGCAUUGAGCGCAACGUGCACUGGGACAACUCACUGGUACCAGACGUCAUUAUCAACGAUAACAACAGCCCAAACGACAACGCACGGACACCGGUGCACUCUGCAAAGGGUGCAGGUUGCGCAAGUACACCUGGCACCCCAGACAUGACGCCAUCGAAUGCUGUUGAUGCGUCGCAGCUCAAAACCGAGUCGCGCAGGCCUACAAGCAUCCCAGGAGGUCAGCAGGAUGACGCGGUGCCAGCGCAACUCGACGCAAGCGCAACGAGAGGUCAAAACCUACCUAUAACCCCGGAUUACAUCCCCAAGUGCUCCGAUUCUCCUCCCAGCGUCAAAACGACGUGUCCCCGUCAUACUCCCAAGCCUUCUGAGUACAUCCGAUGCCUUGAACGAGGCGAAGGAAUGACGACAGGCAGCGCAUGA